AAGGAUGAAUGAUGUUGAUCCGGGACAGUCCAAAUAACGAGAAGCGCUUGCGAUUGAAUUCAUGGACCCCUACAUAUUGGUAUAGUCCCAUUUGCUUUCAUUGUAUCAGUCAAGACAGUUGAGUUUCAAUUUCACUAUUGUUAUUUAAAGCUAUAAAAAGCUAUAAAACUGCUUGUUACAACUAACUCCAAAUCGAAACAAGGAUAAAAUCAAGGCGCAGACGGGAGACAUUCGGGCUUUAAACUUUAAAUUUGCCAGCUGUCAAGACCACACAAUGGCGUUUCAGAUGUCAAAACUUGCUGCUCGUGUUUCGCUCUCCAAAAGCGUUGGGUUCAUUUCCAGCGCUGGAAACAGAUGUCCGAGUCAUCUCAAUUUCAUCAGCAGACUUGCACAUCGCUCCUUUCAUGCUCUCUGCGGCGCGGGCAGAGGGUCUGCGAGUAUCAAAGUGCUGCCCUCCCCGGGGGUCUUACGUAAAGCAGACAGGUGGGAGAAGGUUUCCACGGCCUCAAAGUCCCUUCACAGGCAGAGUGGAGGGGCUGUUAAGCCGCGCCGCGUCACCAGGGUUGUUAUAGGCGCCGUGGGGGUCUCUGCUGCGGUGCUGGCCUCUCUGAGCACGAGCACGCUGCACGCCCUGAACCUGGAUUCUGAGAGCAGUGACUGGAAAGAGGCGAAGAAAAAGCUUUGCUCCAUGGAUAAGGAGAAGAGGAGGGAAAUGUACAGGGUUGACUUCAUUCCUCUGGAGAAGAUUCCUGUCUGGAGUCCCUCAGGUGACUCCUCUUGUAAGCCUCGGUACAAAGUCAAUGAAGAGCUGAAUAGGAAAAUAUCCCUCUUCAGUGGUGACAUCACAAAACUGGAGAUCGACGCAAUCACCAACGCAGCUAACAAGACACUUCUGGGUGGAGGAGGAGAUGUUAUUCACACCGUGGGGCCAAUAGUCCAUGAUUCAGUGGGGGAGAGAGAGGAACAAGCACUGAGAAGCUGUUAUUAUACCUGUCUGCACACAGCAACUAAGAACCACCUGCGGACCGUGGCUAUUCCCUGCAUCUCUACUGGAGUGUACGGAUAUCCACCUGAUCAAGCAGUCGAAGUUGCCCUGAGAACAGUGAGAGAAUACCUGGAGCAAAACCACGAGAAGCUGGACCGGGUCAUCUUCUGUGUGUUUCUGAAGUCUGACAAAGAGCUCUAUGAAACGAUGUUGCCUGCAUACUUCCCACGAGGUUCACCGCCAAAGAGCAAAUUAUGAGAGGAUGGCAUAGUUGCUGUGGAAACGCCACACAAUCUGCUUUUCCGUCACAUCACUGUCUCGCUUUUACCUGAUGCAGCCCCUACAAACAACAUCAACAACAGCUGCCUGACACUACCUGAUUUAUUCAUAUCACCAAACCAGUGCUCCAUGAAAUUCAAUGAUUGCUAUUAGCUUCCCGCUGGAAGUCAUAUUGCUAUUGGAUUUGUGUUAAUAUUAAUAACAAUGCGGGCUUACAAGUGGUAGUUCACCCAAAAAUUACACAUAGAUAGCAUUUCUUUUUUCUGCUUUUCUUAUUUUUAUUUUAUUAUUAUUUGUUUUGUCUGUACAGUGGAAGUGAGUGGGGUCCAUCUCUAUUUGAACCCCAACAUUCUUCAAAAUAUAUUCGACAGAAGAAUGAAUGUGUGACAUUUUUAGGUGAAACAGAAAAAUUAUUGCUUCAAAUAUAAUGUGUGUGCAUGACCAUUUAUGUCUCAAAUUCUGUGUCUUUCAAAUCUAUUUAUGGCUUACUCUUAUUAUUACUCCUUCCAGGAACAAUUUUCUGCAGUUAUAUGAUUUGCACUGCAUUAGCAUUGAAAUUAUAAAAGAUAUCAUAUGUGAAUAUUGUUUACAGAGUUGAAUAAAAAAUUUAAUUAAGGCAAUCAAAGGAAGAAAAGGAGUAUGUCAAUUGUUAUAACACUUAACCUAUAAUGAAAGUGCACUAUUUGUACUUCUUCAAUGUACUUUCUGUCUUCCAGUAUGAUAAAAGACCCUCAUUAAAGUCAACUCCUCU